UUUGGGGUAUGCAGUGCCUCGUCCUGUUUCCUUAUCCGGGAAUUAUAAAAGACCCUCGCUAUUGGCUACCGGUGUCACGUGGCUUCUUAACUUUGUUCACUUGACAGAAAGUAGGAGGGUUUUACGAAACAGGAAAACGAGUAAAGGGUUAGAAAUCAAUUUUAGUAUAUAUUUAGUGUGUGUGUGCAAUUCAAAGAAAUUAAUGGCCAUGAGUUCCUUUUUGAUCAACCCCAACUAUGUGGACCCGAAGUUUCCACCGUGCGAGGAAUAUUCCCAGAAUGAUUACCUACCAAGCCACUCUCCGGAGUACUACAGCAGCCAGAGGCGAGACGCGGCUCUCCAGCAUGAAGCGAUGUUCCACCAGCGGUCAGCUUGCACGGAUCAACCCUACACCUCUUGCCAAGGUCCCGUGCAGCCGGCAGUAGUCCUCUCUCCCCCUAGGGGUCACGUCCAGACCCUGCCUGAACCGAACCACUGUGAGUCGGUCACCCCAAGCCCUCCACUCAACUGCAGCCAAAAUUCUGCGAACCAAAUCACUUUUUCUCCCACCAGUUCUUGCAAAGAGCCCGUAGUUUACCCGUGGAUGAAAAAGGUCCAUGUCAACACCGUAAAUCCAAACUACACAGGGGGCGAACCCAAACGCUCACGGACCGCAUACACCAGACAACAGGUUCUGGAGCUGGAGAAGGAGUUUCACUACAAUCGGUACCUGACCCGGAGACGCAGAGUGGAGAUCGCGCACACGCUGUGCCUGUCCGAGCGUCAGAUCAAAAUCUGGUUUCAGAACCGGAGAAUGAAAUGGAAAAAAGACCACAAGCUCCCCAACACCAAAAUCAGGUCCGGCACCAACCCGUCCAACACAAACUCAGCCGGGAGCCAAGCAAGCACCCAGAACCGCACCAAUGGACCUCUGUCCAGCCUAUAGCCCCAAACCCGCUACCUCGUAAACAAAAUGAAGGGGACGCUAAAGGGCGAUACAAGUUCUCGUUCAUGGAAAGAACAAAGGAACAAAACUUUAAAAAGAGGAGAAAAAAUAUGUGAUUAUUUAUAUAAAUAAUAAUACAAAAUCGGAGGAGUGGGGUCUAUUAUACAAAAGCACGGAGCUGUGUUUUUAAGUGUGUGUGUGUGUGUGUGUGUG